CACCUUUUUAUUCCUUUACUCCAUCUAUGCUACUAAGUGAAUCUGCGCUAACCCAGAACAUAGCAUGUGUUUCCCUCUGGUCAAACAGGCUGGCUGAGGAUUCACCGUCGGGCGAGUACUCCAGCUGGUGCUGUGGAUCUGCCAAAAGCACUGGGCAUAUGCUCCUACAACAUCUUCUGAAUGCUUUUCCGACAAUAUCGUGGUGGAUUUUUUACCACCGCACAGCAGCUAUUCGUGAGUCAGAAAGUAGUGGAUGGACAGACGGUGUAUGGCCUGUUCAACUGCUGAACCAUUUAGGCGUUGAAAAACGAAACGAAAGCAGAGUAAGCAACUGUACUCUGCAGUGCACGCCAUAUACUAUACGCAAACAUGAAAAGACAGCUUUAAGAGAUAGUUUAUUGAUGAAAAAUCCGUCAAAUGGCAGGAAGGAGAGAUACUGCAAUUGGCACAACGAUAAUCCGAUCCAAGUACAGUCCCUGCCCUCAAGAGCUGUGUUGCCGAGGUUGGCUCAGAUAAGCAGCAGCCAUGUUGGCUUGGUUCAGGUCCUUGCAGAGCUUGUAACAAAUGUCAAUAACCCUUAAAUCCGAAAUUUGGGAAAGGUAUCAUGCGGAUCUUUUUCAAUGAGACGAUAUCAGUAUGAAAGUGACUUUUUUGUUAGGAGAUGAACGAACGAACUGGAUCUUCAUGAUUGAAUAGCUUAGUUUAUCGAAUUAGAGUAUAGAUACAGAGUUGGAAUGUGAUGAAUUCGACUCUAUUCCAUUCGUGAACCAUGGCUUAAAUAGCUGCCGUGGGGCUGAGGGUCGCGCGUUAGCCUCUUAUUUCACGCUCUAUGCACACGAAUGUGAUUCCAGACAUGGUGGUUGAAAUGAGAAAACUC